UUUCUCACCGUGAACCAUCCCCAAACCCACGUUCUCACCGGCGAUCAAAUCCGCCGUCAUCUCGCCUAAAUCUCACCUUAAUCCUCCGUACCCCCGCUUCCUCCCGCUCAAACCCUAAUGCGGUGAUGGCCAAGGACAAGGAGGUCGGCCCGCCUCCUCCCCCCUGCGUCGACUCCGACCACGAGGACCUCCCGCUCGCCGAGCGACGGCGGCGGCUGCUCCGCCCGCCGGCGGAGUCAAAGCCUCCCGCUCCGGAGAGGCGGGAGGCUAGCGCCGCGGCGGCGGCGGCGGAGGAUUCCGGCGGAGCGGCGCAGCAGGGUUGGCCAGGUCUUCCCAGAGGUGUAGAGUUUAAUCCUACCGAUAGCGAUCUACUCUGGCAUCUGGCUGCAGAAGUUGGAAAUGGUCAGGCUCGUCGUCAUCCUUUUAUCAACGAGUUUAUUAAAUCUGUUGAUGAAACCAUAGGAUUUGGUUAUACUCACCCUCAAGAUAUACCAGGUAUUAGGCAGGAUGGAUGUGCAUCAUAUUUCUUUCACAAAAACUUCAAGGAGUGCGCCAAUGAGAACAGUAAAUGUAUCAGAUGGCAAAAAAGUGGAAAUCCUAUAUCAAUAACUUUGGAUGGGAAUCUUCAAGGUUGCAAGGAAGUAUUUGUAUUGUAUGCCUACGAGACAGAUGGUAACAAUCCUCAGAUCACUGACUGGAGAUUACAUCAAUAUCAUAUCGAAAGCACAGAGAAAGAUGAGGGAGAAUUGGUGGUGUCAAAGAUAUUCUACGAGUUAGAAAAAAAUCAAUUUAAAUGGGCUGAGAAAUCUCACGCUCAGUCAGCACAGGGUGCUUCUGCAAUCGAUGAUGAUUCCAAAGAGGAAUUACAGUUGGACAAUCAUUCUUUUAAUAUGAUUACUGAAAAUAGUUCUGUUCAAGGCAAUGAAAACAAGCAAAAGCAGACGCAAACAGGGACAUGUCCUAAUCUGGACAAACUAAGUUAUUUCAAUGUGGUAAGCAACAUGCAUAUUGGGAACCAAAUUAAUGAUCAUGAUGAAAUCGAGGAGCUUGAUCAUAUGUCUCUGCAAGAGCGCUACAGAAUUCUUAUGGCAGAAAAUCAUUCUUCCUCUGCUGUAGUAUCUUCUGAACAAUGUGCAAUUGAUGGUUUGGAGAAUUCAUGCAAGCCUGGAACUAAUGGGAUGAUUCCUAAAAGAAUUCAUGAAGGGACUGCCUUCAGGGAUGGUAUGUAUAGCAUGUUGCAGGAAAUUUCUUCUGCACCGGCCAUUAUAGGUAGUAUCGACAAUGAUAACAACAGGAGGUUGCUAACUGAAGGUCUUUCAAACAACCAGCAAAGUCAUGAGGCUGGAUGUGAAUCAGGUUUCUUGAGUACAUCAUCUUCUGCUGCUCCACCACAAUGUCAAGUUGUGUGCUCUCAUGAUCUAUUGGUAAACGGCAAGACUCUUAUUUAUAGUCGCGACCCUUCUUCAAGUUCAACACCAACUUUUGGGGAUAAAAACAUUCAGUUGGAAGGGACAGAUGAUAGGACCCUUUUGGUUGACAUAAAAUUGGAACCUGCAUUGGAAGGGGAUUUCACAGAGAAAAUUACAUCUUCUGUACAGAGAACAGAUCCAAAUCAUGGCACUGAGGGCUCUAAUCUAGUUGGGUCUAUAAACUCUGUUUCUUCAGCGAUCUCCAAAAGAAUAUCAGAAGCAGCAAGAUCUAACCCAGAGAAUUCUCAUGUUGAAGGCCUACUGCCAUCAUCACGAAUAAAAAGCGAAGUUACCGGGAGUGAGUUACCUCUAGUUGUGUGUGGUCUCACUUCUAUCAGUAUCGCAGAGCUCACUGCCAAAAAAACCAAUACUCUAAACCAUGACGGGGUCCUUGCUUACUGUUCUCGAAAAAGGAAAAGGAGGAAGACUCUGAGGGAUCCAAGUGAAAAGACGCUUGAAGAAGAUUCCCUCAGAAAUGAUGAGGGUACUGCUUACUUUUCUCGUCAAAGGCGAAGGAGAAAAACAGCAACGGAUUCAAUUGAAACGGCACUUGAAGAAGAUGCCCCAGGACUACUGCAGAUUCUUCUGGACAAAGGAAUACUGGUUAAAGAGAUUAAACUCUACGGUGUUGAAGAAGAAGAUGAUAUGGUCCCAGACUGCACAGAAAGUGACUUUCAAGAUCUUGAAAAUGUUAUUACAAAAUUGUUUCCGCAAAGAACAUCCCUGUUGAAAUCUGCACUUAGGCAUGAGAAGGGGGAAAAGGCUAUAUACUGCUUGACCUGUUUAAUUUCUCUCAUCGAGCAGUCCCGCUAUCUUCAGUUUCGUGAUUGUCCUGUUGAAUGGGGAUGGUGUAGAGACCUGCAAUCAUUUAUUUUUAUUUUUAAAAGCCAUAACAGGAUUGUUCUUGAGCGACCGGAAUAUGGGUAUGCGACAUACUUCUUUGAGAUUGUGAAAUCACUGCCAAUACAAUGGCAGAUCCAAAGGAUGGUUACUGCAAUGAAGCUUAGUGGUUGUGGCAGGACAGCUCUGAUUGAAAAUAGGCCAUUAUUGAUUGGUGAAGAUUUGACGGAAGGAGAGGCGCGGGUUUUGGAAGAAUAUGGUUGGGUACCAAAUUCUGGGCUUGGCACAAUGCUCAAUUACCGUGACCGGGUAGUUCAUGACAGGUGGAACGAGAGAUCUGGCACAGAUUGGAAGACAAAGAUAGGAAAGCUCCUGAUGAAUGGGUAUUCCGAGGGGCAUUUGGUCCUAUCUCACUUUCCAACUAAAGUUGGGAAAAUAGAAGAUGACACCGAAAUCAAACAGGAGGAUCCUCUCUGAGUUAUCCCCUGUCUUGUAUAUGCGCUUGGUAAUCCUGCAAAGUUAUAACCUUUAGCAGUAAAAUGGCUAAUGCCACCCCCCUUCUUCAUGUGGGCUUGUAGAGUUGUUGUAGUCAUCAUUAUAAUUCAGAAGGCUUACAAAGAAUGAACACAGGGGUGCCAUGUGUAGCCUAUCUGCACCUGUACGUAGGAAAUCAUGGUGGGGUAACACUGUAAUAAGUGUUGUGGAUGGAUAGACAGGUGAACUAGCAUUUUUUUUUGCUAGCUGUUGAUAAACAUUAGAUCAUCUGGCAAAUGGUGGGUAUUCAUAUAUGGAUUCACCAGUUGAGUCAUCCAAA